GUGCUGGGGGUGGGGGGUGGGGGGCUACCAAAGGAGCAUGUGGCAGGGUCCCUGCCCUCAUCAAGCAUAGCUGCUAGUGGGUAGCAAGACUAGUACGUCACAGACGAGGGAAAAACUAGAGGACAAGACAAACACAGUGUCCAUUAUUGUGUUUGUCUCCAUGUUACUCAUCGCUUGGAAGCAAAUGACUCUUGUAUUUGAAUGUUACCUAAAAUGCCCCUUUUAACACAGUGCCUGUCUGCUGUUGGGCCUGUUGUACCAUAUGCCUCUUGACUCAAGUUCAGAUGUUAAGUUUGGGUACUUUCCAGAGCCUGAGAACAGACAGAUCACCUGGCGGGAGGGAAGAUGCCGGUAUUUCCAGCAAUGGGGUCCUAAGGCCAUAGUCUUGCUCCUUGAAGCCCGAGUGGCUUGGGACCACCUACAGAUCUCUUGUUCUCCAGGAACAAGAAUGCUAGAAUGGGCUACUCCUGAGGCUUCAGGACCUGGUUGGAGAGCUUGUUUUAGGACUAGUAUAUUUAUUUCUUCCCCAAGUAUGUUUUACUGCCUGUGAAAAGUCCAAAAAGACAAUCUUUAUAUAAAAAUGGACUGUGUUGACAGCCUCUUCCCUACCUUGGGCCCUUGAUAAAUGUUUAUUGGCUGAAAAUCGGAUGAAUACUGAAUUUUAAUGGAUCUCAGGUCUUGUCUUUUUUUCCCCCUUUUAUGCUCCAUGGAGGUUAAUGGGCUAGUUGGUGCCAUUAUUCAUCAUUUGACCCUUUGGAAUUGUAACUAGGAUAAGUAACUUAUAAUUCAGUGCUAACCAAUAUGGCUUAGACCAUGAGUGUGGGCAUUAAGGAGAGAACAGUGAGUUAGACCAGUCGGGUGAGUUGCUAAAGGAACUGGGGCUUGAACAGAAGCUUAGAGCAUGGUGCGAGUUUGAGAGAGAGUGUGUGAGAGGCCUUCAGCAGGGGAGGGCAGCAAACGCAAUGCCUAGAUGAGGGAGUGGUUGAGAAUGAGAAAGCCAUUUAGGGACCCAGUUCCCCCAGAGGAGAGUGACAGCCUCUGCAAGACUGGACUUUGGGAUCCGCCCACUCCUCGAGUGAUUUGUGGCCGCCCUCCCUGUUCCAGCCACUGGAUUCUGGCCUCCCUCUGCCUCUCUCUCCUGAGCCUGUGUGAUGCCAUACCUUCUGAAGUCAGCUGGCUGUGUCCCCUGGAAAUCAGCUCUUUGGGAAUGGUCUCUGGGGUUUCCAGCUCUAGCUUCUUGGACUGCCAUCGAGCAUUCUCUCUUAAAACUUGGAGAGAUCCUGGCCAAUCUCAGCAACCCGCAGCUCCGGAGUCAGGCCGAGCAGUGUGGCACCCUCAUUAGGAGCAUCCCCACGAUGCUGUCUGUGCAUGCGGAGCAGAUGCACAAGACCGGCUUCCCCACUGUCCACGCCGUGAUCCUGCUCGAGGGCACCAUGAACCUGACAGGCGAGACGCAGUCUCUGGUGGAGCAGCUGACGAUGGUGAAGCGCAUGCAGCAUAUCCCCACCCCACUUUUUGUCCUGGAGAUCUGGAAAGCUUGCUUCGUGGGGCUCAUUGAGUCUCCCGAGGGUACAGAGGAGCUCAAGUGGACAGCUUUCACUUUCCUCAAGAUUCCACAGGUUUUGGUGAAGUUGAAGAAGUACUCUCAUGGAGACAAGGACUUCACUGAGGAUGUCAACUGUGCUUUUGAGUUCCUGCUGAAGCUCACCCCCUUGUUGGACAAAGCUGACCAGCGCUGCAACUGUGACUGUACAAACUUCCUGCUCCAAGAAUGUGGCAAGCAGGGGCUUCUGUCUGAGGCCAGCGUCAACAACCUUAUGGCUAAGCGCAAAGCAGACCGAGAGCACGCACCCCAGCAGAAAUCAGGAGAGAAUGCCAACAUCCAGCCCAACAUCCAGCUGAUCCUCCGGGCGGAGCCCACUGUCACAAACAUCCUCAAGUGUUCUUCAGGACUUGAUUUCCUGUCCUGUCCCCAGACGAUGGAUGCAGACCACUCUAAGUCACCGGAGGGACUGCUGGGAGUCCUGGGCCACAUGCUGUCUGGGAAGAGUCUGGACUUGCUGCUGGCUGCCGCCGCCGCCACUGGAAAGCUGAAAUCCUUCGCCCGGAAAUUCAUCAAUUUGAAUGAAUUCACAACCUAUGGCAGCGAAGAAAGCACCAAACCGGCCUCCGUCCGGGCCCUGCUGUUUGACAUCUCCUUCCUCAUGCUGUGCCAUGUGGCCCAGACCUAUGGUUCAGAGGUGAUUCUGUCCGAGUCGCGCACAGGAGCUGAGGUGCCCUUCUUCGAGACCUGGAUGCAGACCUGCAUGCCUGAGGAGGGCAAGAUCCUGAACCCUGACCACCCCUGCUUCCGCCCCGACUCCACCAAAGUGGAGUCCCUGGUGGCCCUGCUCAACAACUCCUCGGAGAUGAAGCUAGUGCAGAUGAAGUGGCAUGAGGCCUGUCUCAGCAUCUCAGCCGCCAUCUUGGAAAUCCUCAAUGCCUGGGAGAAUGGGGUCCUGGCCUUCGAGUCCAUCCAGAAAAUCACUGAUAACAUCAAAGGGAAGGUAUGCAGUCUGGCGGUGUGUGCUGUGGCUUGGCUUGUGGCCCACGUCCGGAUGCUGGGGCUGGAUGAGCGUGAGAAGUCGCUGCAGAUGAUCCGCCAGCUGGCAGGGCCACUGUUUAGUGAGAACACCCUGCAGUUCUACAAUGAGAGGGUGGUGAUCAUGAACUCGAUCCUGGAGCGCAUGUGUGCCGACGUGCUGCAGCAGACAGCCACGCAGAUCAAGUUUCCCUCCACCGGGGUGGACACAAUGCCCUACUGGAACCUGCUGCCCCCCAAGCGGCCCAUCAAAGAGGUGCUGACGGACAUCUUUGCCAAGGUGCUGGAGAAGGGCUGGGUGGACAGCCGCUCCAUCCACAUCUUUGACACCCUGCUGCACAUGGGCGGUGUCUACUGGUUCUGCAACAACCUGAUUAAGGAGCUGCUGAAGGAGACACGGAAGGAGCACACGCUGCGGGCAGUGGAGCUGCUCUACUCCAUCUUCUGCCUGGACAUGCAGCAAGUGACCCUGGUCCUGCUGGGCCACAUCCUGCCUGGCCUGCUCACUGACUCCUCCAAGUGGCACAGCCUCAUGGACCCCCCGGGCACUGCUCUUGCCAAGCUGGCCGUGUGGUGUGCCCUCAGUUCCUACUCCUCUCACAAGGGACAGGCGUCCACCCGCCAGAAGAAGAGACACCGCGAAGACAUUGAGGAUUAUAUCAGCCUCUUCCCCCUGGAUGAUGUGCAGCCUUCGAAGUUGAUGCGACUGCUGAGCUCUAAUGAGGACGAUGCCAACAUCCUUUCGAGCCCCACAGACCGAUCCAUGAGCAGCUCCCUCUCAGCCUCUCAGCUCCACACGGUCAACAUGCGGGACCCUCUGAACCGAGUCCUGGCCAACCUGUUCCUGCUCAUCUCCUCCAUCCUGGGGUCUCGCACUGCUGGCCCCCAUACCCAGUUCGUGCAGUGGUUCAUGGAGGAGUGUGUGGACUGCCUGGAGCAGGGUGGCCGUGGCAGCGUCCUGCAGUUCAUGCCCUUCACUACCGUGUCGGAACUGGUGAAGGUGUCAGCCAUGUCCAGCCCCAAGGUGGUUCUGGCCAUCACGGACCUCAGCCUGCCCCUGGGCCGCCAGGUGGCUGCUAAAGCCAUUGCUGCACUCUGAGGGGCUUGGCAUGGACGUAGUGGGGGCUGGGGACUGGCGCAGCCCCAGGCGCCUCCAAGGGAAGCAGUGAGGAAAGAUGAGGCAUCGUGGCUCACAUCCGCUCCACAUGGUGCAAGAGCCUCUAGCGGCUUCCAGUUCCCCGCUCCUGACUCCUGACCUCCAGGAUGUCUCCCGGUUUCUUCUUUCAAAAUUUCCUCUCCAUCUGCUGGCACCUGAGGAGUGUGAGCAGCCUGGACCACAAGCCCGGUGGUCACCCCUGUGUGCGCCCGCCCCAGCCCAGGAGUAGUCUUACCUCUGAGGAACUUUCUAGAUGCAAAGUGUGUGUGUGUGUGUGUGUGUGUGUGUGUGUGUGUAUAUUUUGUAAUAUGUGAGGGAAAUCUACCUUUGUUCAUGUAUAAAUAAAGCUCCUCGUGGGUCCCUUUGUGA